UUAUGGGAAAGGCUCACAAACAAAAAGGAUAUAGAUUAGAAAAUGCAAUAUCCAAAAAAGGGUUUGUUGAAUUAAGAAAAUUGCUAGGAAUGCCAUAAUUUGAAUUGCCGCAUGAAAAUAAUAAUAUUAUGAAAAUCUAAACAUUAUAAUUAAAUAUUGAUAAUGAUGAUAAAUGGAUCAAUACAUAUGUAAUUUUAUAAGCUUAUUUUAUUAGAAACCAACACCUGAAGUUAAAUUAUAAAAAUAUCUCUUACAAUGUAAGAAUAGCGAUUAAUCGAUUAUUUCUUCUUUAAAUAAGGUUGAUCGUUUUCUUAAUCAAUAAGGAAGACAUAAAAAUAUUGGAUAAAGCAAGGAAGAAGAUAUAUAAAGAAAAUAAAAUAGUUUAAGUACUGAAGUUUAGUUUUCUAAUAAAAUUGCAUGA